GAGGAUGGUGCACUCCACAUCCCUGAGCCUUAGAAAUGGACUUCCAGAAAAAACAAAUCAAGUUUAUGGCCCAGAAAUACCUGGACUGCAGCCAGAAAUUGAAAUCUCAAUCAUCAUCCCUUCAUAAAAGGCAGGUACAGUCCUCAUGGGGUCACCAAGGCAGAGAAACGGGCACAUCCUCCACAUUCCCGGACAUUUAUGGAGGAAGGAAAAGCAGAUGCCAACCGUCCCAAGGUCGGAUGAACUUAAUAUUGGAUGUGGACAGUCCUGGUCCAGCAGCUUACUCGCCUGUCAGAACAACCUACAGGGAAACCAUUGCUCCAUCCUACACUUUUGGGUGCAAGACACCCCCUCGAGAAGGCGGAGGGCGACGUGCCUGGCAGAAACCUUGGUUCCAGAGCAAGAACCCCUUCUCAAGGAAAGUGGACUUCAGCACCGAAACCAACUGGCCUUCUCCUUCGCAGUAUAGCCCACCCUUAGGAUCUAGACCUGCCAACCGGCUGAAUACCCCGAACUUUACCUUCAGCCAGAAGGGCGAGUUCUCUUUUGUCAACAAAGAUUCCAUAAACGACCCAGGACCCAAUCAGUAUAACAUUGAACGCGCCUAUACGUUUGUGCUACACCGGUCGCCAGCCAUCAUCAUCAACCCUGUCCCGCUCAUGCUAUACAGAUGGAUUGGAAAAGAGGGCACUCCAGGUCCUGGGACUUACAACGUGGAGAAAGGGUACAACGCUCGUCUGCCCAGCUGCCCGAGCUUCUACAUCCAAGGCGUGAGACGGCCCAAGCAGCAUGAAACGGGCCCGUUUACAACGCUGUGAAGCUACAGACACAACA